UGGGGUCAAGGGUCACGCAAGAUGGCGGCGCCCAAGAGCCAGUGAGGCUUGCAGCGGAGAAUGGCGUGGACGGCGCUAGCGGCGGGAGCACGGCUGGGGCGGCGGCUGAGCGCGCCGGGGCCGGGCCCCGGAGGUGGACUGGGGCGGGGACACUGGACGGCGGCCGGCCGCUCGCGGAGCCGGCGCGAAGCGGCGGAGGCCGAGGCGGCUACUCCCGUGUUCCAGUACGUGGGCGAGCGCGCGGCCCGCACCGACCGCAUCUUCGUGUGGGGCUUCAGCUUCUCGGGGGCGCUGGGCGUGCCCACGUUUGUGCUGCCCGGCUCGGGGCCCGAUCCCCGCGCCGGCCGCCCGCGCCGCAGGAUCCAGCCCGUGCCCUACCGCCUGGAACUAGAUCAGAAGAUUUCAUCUGCUGCCUGUGGCUAUGGAUUCACACUGCUGUCUUCAAAAACCAAGGAGAUCACCAAAGUUUGGGGUAUGGGACUCAACAAAGAUUCUCAGCUUGGAUUUCACAGGAGCAGAAAAGAUAAAGGGAGGGGAUAUGAGUACGUAUUGGAACCCUCGCCCAUCCCACUGCCUCUGGACAGACCUCAGGAGACACGGGUGCUACAGGUCUCCUGUGGCAGAGCCCACUCUCUCGUCCUGACAGAUAGCGAAGGAGUCUUCAGCAUGGGAAACAAUUCUUAUGGACAAUGUGGAAGAAAAGUGGUUGAAAAUGAGAUUUACAGUGAAAGUCACAAAAUCCAUAGAAUGCAGGACUUCGAUGGACAGGUGGUGCAGGUUGCCUGUGGGCAGGACCACAGUCUGUUCCUAACUGACAAAGGAGAAGUCUAUUCUUGUGGAUGGGGCGCAGACGGGCAAACAGGUCUGGGCCACUACAAUAUCACCAGCGUACCUACCAAGCUGGGCGGGGACCUUGCUGGGGUGAACAUCAUCCAGGUGGCCACCUAUGGUGACUGCUGCCUGGCUGUGUCGGCCGAUGGAGGCCUCUUUGGUUGGGGGAACUCUGAGUACCUGCAGCUGGCUUCUGUCACGGACUCCACGCAGGUGAAUGUCCCCCGGUGCUUACCCUUCUCAGGCGUGGGGAAGGUGGAACAGGCUGCGUGUGGUGGUACAGGCUGUGCUGUGCUAAAUGGAGAAGGCCGUGUUUUUGUCUGGGGUUAUGGAAUUCUUGGAAAAGGACCAAACCUCGUGGAAACGGCUCUUCCAGAAAUGAUUCCACCCACUCUCUUCGGCUUGACGGAGUUCAACCCUGAAGUCCAGGUGUCCCGCAUUCGAUGUGGACUCAGCCACUUUGCUGCCCUGACUGGUGACGAUGCCAGGAGAGCCCGUAGAUGUGGCGUGUGGCGUGGAUCACAUGGUUACUCUGGCCAGGUCAUUCAUCUGAAUCUCCUUCGUGACCCUCUGGGCCGCUUGGACUCUUGGCAGAGGCACCAGCUGGGGCUCUUGAGAGGGGUGAAAGAGGAUCAGGGCUCAUGGUGACGUGUGAUGCUCCCUUCUCAAGCCCUUUGCGGGUACACGUUGGAAGUCCUGGGGAUGUGGCCCUUCUCCACCUAAGGAUGAGGCCUGUUGGACUCAGCACAGGAGACUGCUGUUAUCGGGCCAGUUCCAGCCCGCUGGUGUGCCAGGGCUGUUGUGGUCCGGCAUGUGAGAACCAUUAAUUUGCACGUUUUGACUUUCUGGGUAAUACAUGAAGGUUUCUGGUGUCAUGUCUGACCUGAGAAACUGGUCUUAGGAACGUUUGGCUCUCACACAUGCCAUUUAGUUUGAUCUUAAGGUGCCUUGACAGAAUACAGUGCUCCUAGGGGCUUCCGAACCCUUCUGAUCUCAGUGGAGCUCUGGGCUGGUGUUUGGGCAUCAUGGUGAGUCCCAGCCUAGCUGAGGGAGCCUGGUUGGCUUCAGCCUGGGGUUUUCAUCAGGUCCCUGCUGCCUACCCACCAUUCCCGGUCAGCUGCCUCAUAGCCCAGCUGGGUGCUGGGACAUAAGCUGAAAUUCCUCAGAACAGGCCUGGAAUCCUGUGGGCCUAUGGCUGUCACCAGCCUUGUAACCAUUCUCACUGCUUUGCUUGGAAAAGUGGAGGAAGAGGAAGUUGGAGGCCAAGUUCUGGUGGGCCUAGGACUCAGAACAGUGCCCUGAUGCCAGCCUUGGAGAAAAAAAGAUUCAGAAAUUGUGAAAAACAUUUAAGUUUGUAAUGUAACUUAUCUUUUUCUCCAAAAAAAUCUCUUGAAAAAUCUUUUGAAAUAAAAUCUAUUUUCUGCCUUUUACUUUUA